UAAUUUUAAAUUUCUAGCAGUUUGCUUCCUUUGUCCUGUAAUCAUUUGCAAGGUAAUUGCACAGCAUUUUGCAGCACGUGUGGGAGCGGACGAUUCUACUGCAAAAGGUGUCUCAAGGUACACGGCGUAGUUGCAGCACUUCAAACUCUCUGAUGGGUGAAAACUGCAAAAGCGUGAGGCUGACUGAAGAGAGAAAUUAAUUGUGCUGAAGUUAGUCUGGCUUCAACAAUUAAAGGAUAUUUUGGGUACUUUUUAAUUGAAGUGGAGGCAGCUUUGUUUUUUUAUAAAAAACCAUGGCAGAUGUGGAUCCAGACACGUUGCUGGAAUGGCUGCAGAUGGGGCAGGGGGAUGAAAGGGAUAUGCAGCUAAUAGCACUGGAACAGCUCUGCAUGCUGCUUCUGAUGUCAGACAACGUGGAUCGCUGUUUUGAAACAUGCCCUCCUCGAACUUUUUUGCCAGCACUGUGCAAAAUUUUUCUUGAUGAAAGUGCUCCGGACAAUGUACUGGAAGUAACAGCUCGUGCCAUAACGUAUUACCUGGAUGUAUCAGCUGAAUGCACUCGUAGGAUUGUGGGAGUGGAUGGAGCUAUCAAAGCACUUUGUAAUCGUUUAGUAGUUGUUGAACUUAACAACAGAACGAGCAGAGAUUUGGCUGAGCAAUGUGUGAAGGUGUUAGAAUUAAUCUGUACCCGUGAGUCAGGAGCUGUGUUUGAAGCUGGAGGGUUGAACUGUGUUCUGACAUUCAUUCGUGACAGUGGACACCUUGUUCAUAAAGAUACUUUGCAUUCAGCUAUGGCUGUAGUAUCCCGACUGUGUGGCAAAAUGGAGCCUCAGGAUUCUUCAUUAGAGAUUUGUGUGGAAUCACUGUCUAGUUUAUUAAAACAUGAAGACCAUCAGGUUUCAGAUGGAGCUUUGAGAUGCUUUGCUUCAUUAGCUGACAGAUUCACACGGCGUGGAGUUGACCCAGCCCCAUUAGCUAAACAUGGAUUAACUGAGGAGUUGUUAUCUCGCAUGGCAGCUGCUGGUGGGACAGCCUCAGGACCAUCUUCAGCUUGCAAACCUGGACGGAGUAGCACUGGAGCACCAUCUACAGCUGCAGACUCUAAAUUAAGUAAUCAGGUGUCAACUAUUGUAAGCCUGUUGUCAACCCUGUGUAGAGGCUCUCCAGUAGUAACACAUGAUCUCCUAAGAUCUGAACUUCCAGACUCUAUAGAAAGUGCGUUGCAGGGUGAUGAGAGAUGUGUACUGGAUACCAUGCGGUUAGUAGAUCUUCUUUUGGUGCUACUGUUUGAAGGCAGAAAAGCCCUGCCAAAAUCUAGUGCUGGAUCUACAGGCAGAAUCCCAGGAUUGCGAAGACUGGAUAGUUCUGGGGAACGUUCUCAUCGGCAACUGAUAGAUUGUAUCCGUAGUAAGGACACUGAUGCACUGAUAGAUGCGAUUGACACAGGAGCUUUUGAAGUAAAUUUUAUGGAUGAUGUAGGACAAACUCUUUUAAACUGGGCCUCAGCUUUUGGAACUCAGGAAAUGGUAGAAUUCCUCUGUGAAAGGGGUGCUGAUGUUAACAGAGGUCAGAGGUCAUCCUCAUUACAUUAUGCAGCAUGUUUUGGAAGACCUCAGGUAGCAAAGACUCUCUUACGACAUGGUGCAAAUCCUGAUUUGAGAGAUGAAGAUGGGAAAACUCCUCUGGACAAAGCUCGGGAAAGGGGGCACAGUGAAGUAGUAGCUAUUCUUCAGUCUCCAGGAGAUUGGAUGUGUCCUGUCAACAAAGGGGAUGAAAAGAAAAAGAAAGAUGCAAACAAGGAUGAGGAAGAAUGUAAUGAACCCAAAGGAGAUCCAGAAAUGGCACCCAUAUACUUGAAAAGACUAUUGCCUGUGUUUGCACAAACAUUUCAACAAACUAUGUUGCCUUCAAUAAGGAAAGCAAGUCUUGCGCUCAUUAGAAAAAUGAUACAUUUUUGUUCUGAAGCGCUGCUGAAAGAGGUUUGUGACUCGGAUGCUGGCCACAACCUGCCCACAAUACUGGUUGAGAUAACAGCUACAGUGCUUGAUCAGGAGGAUGAUGAUGAUGGCCAUUUGUUAGCCUUGCAAAUCAUAAGGGAUUUAGUGGAUAAAGGUGGUGAUCUUUUUCUAGACCAACUGGCUAGACUUGGUGUAAUUAGUAAAGUGUCAACUUUGGCGGGGCCAUCAUCUGAUGAUGAAAAUGAAGAGGAAUCUAAACCUGAGAAGGAGGAUGAACCACAGGAGGAUGCUAAAGAACUGCAGCAGGGUAAACCAUACCACUGGAGAGACUGGUCAAUCAUUAGGGGAAGGGACUGCCUGUAUAUCUGGAGUGAUGCUGCAGCCCUGGAGCUAUCUAAUGGUAGUAAUGGAUGGUUCAGAUUUAUCUUGGAUGGGAAGCUGGCCACAAUGUAUUCCAGUGGGAGCCCUGAAGGAGGAUCCGAUAGCUCAGAAAGUAGGAGUGAGUUCCUUGAGAAGUUGCAGCGAGCUCGAAGCCAAGUAAAACCAUCUACCACAAGCCAGCCAAUUUUGUCAACACCAGGGCCAACUAAACUUACUGUAGGAAACUGGUCACUGACCUGUUUAAAAGAAGGAGAAAUUGCUAUUCACAAUUCUGAUGGUCAGCAAGCUACAAUACUGAAAGAAGACCUGCCAGGCUUCGUGUUUGAAUCCAACAGAGGAACAAAGCAUUCAUUUACAGCUGAAACUUCCUUGGGGUCAGAAUUCGUGACUGGCUGGACAGGCAAAAGAGGAAGAAAGCUGAAAUCUAAACUGGAGAAGACAAAGCAAAAGGUACGCACUAUGGCAAGAGAUUUAUAUGAAAUCAUAUCGAGUGGACAGAUUACUAUGUUUCACAAUAAUCAUCUUUUUGUCUUUCAGUGCAUUGAGGGAGAAAAUACUUGGAGAGAUUUAAUGAAGACUGCUCUGGAGAACUUAAUUGUACUGUUGAAGGAUGAGAAUACUAUUUCUCCGUAUGAAAUGUGCAGUAGUGGCUUAGUUCAAUCACUUCUGACAGUUUUAAACAAUAAUGUUGAUUUGGAUGUGAAACAAGACUGUAGUCAACUGGUAGAGAGGAUAAACGUUUUCAAAACAGCAUUCAGUGAAAAUGAGGACGAUGAAAGUCGUCCAGCUGUUGCCUUGAUUCGGAAAUUGAUAGCAGUGUUAGAAUCUAUUGAACGUCUACCUCUCCACUUGUAUGAUACACCAGGGUCUACGUAUAAUCUCCAGAUACUGACAAGGCGCUUGAGGUUUCGUUUGGAACGUGCCUCGGGGGAGACGUCUUUAAUAGAUCGAACUGGUAGAAUGCUGAAGAUGGAGCCAUUGGCAACUGUUGAGUCUCUAGAACAGUAUCUCCUGAAAAUGGUAGCAAAGCAAUGGUACGACUUUGAUAGGGCUUCAUUUGUUUUUGUACGAAAACUGCGAGAAGGCCAGACAUUUGUGUUCAGGCAUCAACAUGAUUUUGAUGAAAAUGGGAUUAUUUACUGGAUUGGAACGAAUGCAAAAACUGCAUAUGAGUGGGUAAAUCCAGCAGCCUAUGGAUUAGUAGUGGUUACAUCCUCAGAAGGAAGAAAUCUGCCUUAUGGUCGUUUGGAAGACAUCCUGAGCCGUGACAGUUCAGCUCUCAAUUGUCACACUAAUGAUGAUAAGAAUGCUUGGUUUGCCAUAGAUCUUGGCCUUUGGGUUAUACCAUCAGCCUACACAUUACGCCAUGCUCGAGGUUAUGGACGAUCUGCUCUCAGAAAUUGGGUUUUCCAGGUAUCUAAGGAUGGACAGAACUGGACUACUUUGUAUACUCAUGUUGAUGACUGUAGUCUCAAUGAACCAGGAUCUACAGCAACAUGGCCUUUAGAUCCUCCAAAAGAUGAGAAACAGGGUUGGAGACAUGUUAGAAUAAAACAGAUGGGAAAGAAUGCCAGUGGACAAACACACUACCUCUCCCUGUCUGGAUUUGAACUUUAUGGCACAGUGAAUGGAGUAUGUGAAGAUCAGCUGGGAAAAGCUGCUAAAGAAGCUGAAGCAAAUCUGAGAAGGCAGCGACGUCUGGUCCGUUCUCAGGUGUUAAAAUACAUGGUUCCAGGAGCUCGUGUGAUCAGAGGAAUUGAUUGGAAAUGGAGAGAUCAGGAUGGAAGCCCGCAGGGUGAAGGCACUGUUACAGGAGAACUGCAUAAUGGCUGGAUUGAUGUCACCUGGGAUGCUGGUGGCUCUAACUCUUACCGUAUGGGCGCAGAAGGAAAGUUUGACCUCAAGCUUGCACCAGGGUACGACCCUGAUUCAGCGGCAUCACCCAAACCUGUUUCAUCCACUGUUUCAGGCACAACGCAGUCAUGGAGCAGCUUGGUGAAAAACAACUGUCCAGACAAGACGACUGCUGCUGCAGGCUCCUCAAGUAGAAAAGGAAGCAGCAGUUCUGUGUGUAGCGUGGCAAGUAGCAGCGACAUCAGCUUGGGUUCGACCAAAAUGGAGCGGAGAUCAGAAAGUGUAUUGGAACAAAAUAUAGUUUCAGGCACUGACGUCCAUGAACCAAUUGUUGUUCUGUCUUCCGCUGAUAGUGUGCCUCAGGCUGACAUAGGGUCAUCCUCCAGUGCGAGCACCAGCACCUUAACAGCGGACAUGGGAAACGAAAAUGCAGAGAGGAAGUUAGGUCCUGAGAACUCAAUACGUACUCCUGGGGAGUCCAGUGCUAUAUCCAUGGGAAUUGUUAGCGUAAGCUCCCCUGAUGUGAGUUCAGUCUCUGAACUGACUAAUAAAGAAGCAGCUUCCCAACGACCCCUAAGCUCGUCAGCGAGUAACAGACUUUCAGUCAGUUCUUUGUUGGCUGCUGGGGCACCCAUGAGCUCCAGUGCAAGUGUUCCGAACUUAUCAUCUCGGGAAACUUCUAGCCUGGAGUCCUUUGUACGAAGAGUGGCGAACAUAGCACGUACCAACGCCACAAACAACAUGAAUUUAAGCCGGAGUAGCAGCGAUAACAAUACUAAUACUUUGGGAAGAAAUGUUGUGAGUACUGCAACUUCUCCUCUUAUGGGUGCCCAAAGUUUUCCUAAUCUGACUACAACUGGUACCACAUCAACAGUGACCAUGUCUACAUCCAGUGUUACUAGCAGCAGCAAUGUAGCUACAGCAACUACAGUUUUAUCUGUUGGUCAGUCGCUUAGUAAUACUCUAACUACUAGCCUAACAUCAACAUCUAGUGAGAGCGAUACAGGGCAGGAGGCAGAAUAUUCUUUAUAUGAUUUUCUUGAUAGCUGCCGAGCUAGCACUCUGUUGGCAGAGUUAGAUGAUGAUGAGGAUCUACCUGAACCAGAUGAAGAAGAUGAUGAAAAUGAAGAUGAUAACCAAGAAGAUCAAGAAUAUGAAGAAGUUAUGGAAGAAGAGGAGUAUGAAACCAAAGGAGGCCGUAGAAGAACAUGGGAUGAUGACUAUGUCUUGAAACGGCAGUUUUCUGCUUUGGUUCCUGCUUUUGACCCAAGGCCUGGUCGUACUAAUGUGCAACAGACAACUGACCUAGAAAUCCCUCCACCAGGUACACCUCAUUCAGAACUCUUGGAAGAGGUGGAGUGCAUGCCUUCGCCACGUUUAGCACUUACCUUGAAAGUUUCGGGUCUUGGAACAACUCGAGAAGUAGAACUGCCCCUAACAAACUUUCGAUCUACCAUCUUUUACUAUGUACAGAAAUUGUUACAGCUCUCCUGUAAUGGCAGUGUGAAAUCUGACAAACUUAGACGUAUUUGGGAGCCAACAUACACAAUCAUGUACAGAGAAAUGAAGGAUUCUGAUAAAGAGAAAGAAAGUGGAAAAAUGGGUUGCUGGUCAGUAGAGCAUGUGGAGCAGUACCUUGGCACUGAUGAAUUACCAAAGAAUGACUUGAUAACCUACCUGCAGAAGAAUGCAGACUCAGCUUUCCUGCGCCACUGGAAAUUAACCGGCACUAAUAAAAGUAUUAGGAAAAACAGAAAUUGUUCCCAGCUCAUAGCUGCAUACAAGGAUUUUUGUGAACAUGGAUCAAAAUCUGGAUUGAGUCAAGGGGCCAUUUCUACUCUUCAAAAUUCUGAUAUCCUUAGUUUGGCCAAGGAACAGCCCCAGGCCAAAGCUGGCAGUGGACAGAACUCCUGUGGAGUAGAAGAUGUUCUGCAGUUACUUAGAAUUUUAUAUAUAGUUGCCAGUGACCCUUACACAGCACGGACUUCUCAAGAAGAAGGAGAUGAGCAUCCUCAGUUUAACUUCCCACCAGAUGAAUUCACAAGUAAAAAAAUUACUACAAAGAUUCUCCAGCAGAUUGAGGAAACUACAGCACUAGCAAGCGGAGCUUUGCCAGACUGGUGUGAGCAACUAACAAGCAAGUGUCCUUUCUUAAUUCCAUUUGAAACAAGACAGUUAUACUUCACAUGUACAGCAUUUGGAGCAUCAAGAGCAAUUGUAUGGCUGCAGAACAGACGUGAAGCCACUGUUGAACGGACAAGGACCACGAGCACAGUGAGACGUGAUGAUCCAGGAGAAUUCAGAGUUGGACGCCUCAAACAUGAAAGAGUGAAAGUUCCGCGAGGUGAAUCCUUGAUGGAAUGGGCAGAAAAUGUCAUGCAGAUUCAUGCAGACAGAAAAUCUGUUCUAGAGGUUGAGUUUUUAGGGGAGGAAGGAACAGGCCUGGGUCCUACCUUGGAAUUUUAUGCGUUGGUGGCAGCAGAAUUUCAAAGGACAGAUUUGGGAGCUUGGCUUUGUGAUGAUGAUUUUCCAGAUGAUGAGUCCCGUCAGGUUGAUAUUGGAGGUGGAUUGAAACCGCCUGGCUACUAUGUACAGAGAUCAUGUGGACUGUUUACAGCACCAUUCCCACAAGAUAGUGAUGAACUUGAAAGAAUAACCAAACUCUUUCAUUUCCUUGGAAUUUUCUUGGCUAAAUGCAUUCAGGACAAUAGACUUGUGGAUUUACCCAUUUCUAAGCCUUUUUUUAAACUCAUGUGUAUGGGGGACAUUAAAAGUAACAUGAGUAAGUUGAUAUAUGAAUCAAGGGGUGACAGAGACUUGCACUGUACUGAAAGUCAGUCAGAGGCUUCUACAGAAGAAGGACAUGAUUCCUUGUCAGUAGGAAGUCUGGAAGAGGACUCCAAAUCAGAAUUCAUUCUUGAUCCACCAAAACCUAAGCCUCCUGCCUGGUUUAAUGGAAUUUUGACAUGGGAAGACUUUGAAUUAGUAAACCCACAUAGAGCUAGGUUUCUGAAAGAAAUUAAGGACCUUGCAAUUAAAAGACGUCAAAUUUUAAGCAACAAAAAUCUGUCGGAAGAUGAAAAGAACACUAAACUGCAGGAAUUAAUGCUGAAGAAUCCAUCAGGUUCGGGGCCUCCUCUUAGCAUAGAGGAUUUGGGUUUAAAUUUUCAGUUUUGCCCUUCAUCCAAAGUAUAUGGGUUUACAGCUGUGGAUCUCAAGCCAGGUGGUGAAGAUGAGACUGUAACAAUGGAUAAUGCAGAGGAGUAUGUAGAUCUCAUGUUUGAUUUCUGCAUGCAUACUGGUAUACAGAAACAAAUGGAGGCCUUCAGAGAUGGCUUCAAUAGAGUCUUUCCAAUGGAGAAGCUGAGUUCCUUCAGCCAUGAAGAGGUUCAGAUGAUUCUUUGUGGAAAUCAAUCACCUUCUUGGGCAGCUGAGGAUAUCAUCAAUUACACCGAACCCAAACUGGGAUAUACAAGAGAUAGCCCUGGAUUCCUUCGGUUUGUGAGAGUCUUGUGUGGUAUGUCUUCGGAUGAGAGGAAGGCUUUUCUGCAGUUCACCACUGGUUGCUCAACACUCCCACCAGGAGGGCUAGCAAAUCUCCACCCCCGGCUCACUGUUGUGCGCAAGGUUGAUGCUACAGAUGCAAGUUAUCCAUCUGUGAAUACAUGUGUGCAUUACCUAAAGUUGCCUGAGUAUUCUUCUGAGGAGAUCAUGAGGGAGCGUCUGCUGGCUGCUACCAUGGAGAAAGGCUUCCAUCUCAACUGAGCCGCUGCACGCAGCCUGGCACGUGGAAGUGUUUUUGAUACUAGCGAAGCCUCUUGUGUUUGUGUGCAAAAAAUACGAUCUCCACGCUGUGCUCUGACGAGACUUGCCUUUUUUUCACCUGUGAGGCUUUAGGAAAAUGUGGAAUGUUUGUUAGCUGCUAAUGACAAAAUAAAUCCUUGUAACUACACAGCCAGCAAGAAAUUGGCACAGAACACUGUGUGAUGCUUCAAGGGCUUGCACAACUGGAAAUUAAGGUGUUUCUGUUUGACUGUUCCAAAGAACAGAUCAUCAGAUUUUCAGUGUUCACUGAUACAAAUUUCUAACAGUGUAUUGUGUAAAGUUUGUCUUUUAAUACCCUGUACACUACGGUUGCCAUCACUGAUCCCUGUUUUGCUGGCUUUAAGCUAACUGGUCAGAAACUUGCUUCCUUUAAAAUUUAGACUUAAUGGGCAUCUCCAGCCUUUUCUUUUUUAAUGGUGCCUGCACUAUUGGAGUAUUUUAGUGGGUUUUUGCGUAUAAUCAUGCACAACUGGUUUUUUUUUUCUUCUUUUUCUUUCAAGUGGGAAUAUAUUUUGAUUUCUCAAAUGCCCUGCUAUAAAGAUCAAAUCCUUAAGUGUGUUUGUGCAGCUCAACAAUAAAGCUAUUAAAAAACACUGGUUCCUAGUGCAAGGCACACUUAAAGCAAGUUUUACUUUCGGUUGUAUUUUCUUUGUAUAUUAUAAACAUUUAUUUAACUUGUUGCAGUUUGAAGUUUAAAAAAAAAAGCACCCAAUGUGUAAGCUCAAAAGUAAUCAUUAAAAUGUUUGCAACAUAUAAAA